AUGCUGAUUAAGGUGAAAACGUUAACAGGUAAAGAGAUUGAAAUCGAUAUUGAACAGACUGACAAAGUUGAACGGAUCAAAGAAAGGAUUGAAGAAAAAGAAGGGAUACCUCCACAACAGCAACGAUUAAUUUUUUCCGGUAAACAAAUGAAUGAUGAAAAACUUGUCCAGGAAUACAAAAUGCAAGGUGGAUCAGUUAUCCAUUUAGUACUUUCAUUGCGUGGGGGUCUAUGA